AUGGAGGAGAUCUGCUCCCGGUCCAGGCGGAGCGUGCCGGUGGGCAGCGCCUGGCUGCCCGCCCUGCAGCUGCUGCGGCGCGGCUCCAAGGCGGUGACGCGGCACUGGAAGGCCAUGCACUUCCAGCGGCAGAAGCUGCUGGCCCUGACCGAGUACCUGCCCCCGCGGCCCAGCCUGCCCCCGCGCUGCCAGCCCCCGCCCGCGCCCCUCGCGCCCCAGGAGGAGGGCUACGCGCGGGUGCUGCGCGGCCAGCUGCAGGACACGCUGCGGGCCAGCCGCAUGGUGGCCGUGUGCCACUACAACUCCAUGGCGGAGGAGGACGUGGCCACGCUGCGCCACUUCCUGCGCAGGCACGGCAUCCACCUCAAGUUCGUGCUCAACGAGGUUGCCCGGCCGGUGCUGGCACAGUCCAAGCUCCGGAAUCUGCUGCCGCUGUUCGUGUGCCGGAACGUCCUGCUGGUGAGCCCGGAGCCGCGGGCCAGGGAGAUGCUGCGGGUGCUCAAGGGGGUGCCACAGGUCAUCCUGCUGGGCGCCUGCAUCGACGACACGAUCCUGAGCCGCCAGGGCGUGGAGAACUUCGCCCGGCUGCCGUCCCUGGAGGUGUCCCGGGGGCAGACGGUGGCAGCCCUGUCCCAGCUGUGCUCCCAGACCUCCUCCCUGCUCCAGCGGGGCCCUGCCCGCCUCACGGCGCUCCUGGACGAGCACGUCCGGCGCCUGCGGGACGCGGCGGCGGCCGCGGGGCCUCCCCCGGGCCGGAGCGCUGCGGGGAGCUGACGCUGGACACCGGGAACCGCUUCCUCCCUGGCUCUGGGACACGGGGAGCCCCCCCAGAUGAGGGGUUCAAGGAUCAUGGACACAAUUCCCAUGGAAUUCUCCAGCUCCGCAGAGGGGUGUCAGGGACUGGUGGUUUGACACGGAGGGUCUUGUGGCCCCCCCCAGUCCCAGCAGGGAGUGGUGGCCAUUCCCUUGUGCUCCUUUGGGAUCAUCCCAGCAGAGAUUGGGGAUCUCUGGGAUCAGCCAGAGCAGGAGGAGGAGCACGGGAUGGAGCCUCCAGGGGGGAUUUUGGGCACUCCAAGCCCCGUGCCUUGGGAAUGGGGGUGUGCUGUAACACUGAUCCCACCCCGGGAUCGCUGUCCCGUCCAUUAAAGUGUCUGCGUGGAGA